AUGUUUGGCGGCAGCAGGCGGUCGAGGGGCUCAACGACCGAAUCAGAGUGCUCGCACGGCUUGGCAGGACACCGCCAAGUCAUGCCAAGUCACGCCAAGGAUAACGCCAAGUAUUCUGGAGCCGGAAUAGUAUUAGAUGCCAAUAGUAUUAGGCUUGGACAGUGGCACACCCCAAUCUCCAACGCCAUCUGCUUCCACACAAGGCUCAUGGGGCAGCAAAGUGAACAGAACAGGGACCCCGCAGCAACCAUAGAUUCCAUUCACUCCAUCCUCGACCAGUUCGUGUCGAAUCUUCCUCCCAACUCCUCUUCUACAUCUCAGCAGCAGCAGCAACUGCCUGCGGCGCCCACUUCUGCUCCGCAACAGCAACCACAGCAGCAACAGCAGCAACCACAGCAGCAGCAGCAGCAGCAGCAGCAACCACAGCAACCGCAGCAACAAGCUUCCCCCGGAUCUUCCAAGCUGGCUGUCCCACAAAGCCCCGCGACGGCAGCGCCCGUCGCUCCGAGUACUCCAUCUAUUCCGGCAAAGGAGGAGACAAACCUCGGCUGCCAAUGGAACGGGUGCCAGGAAAAGUUCGAUUCGCCAGAGGAGCUAUAUAACCAUUUAUGCGAUAUCCACGUCGGUCGCAAGUCAACUAACAACCUAUGCUUAACUUGCGCAUGGGGCACCUGCCGAACAACAACCGUAAAGCGCGACCAUAUCACUUCCCACAUUCGUGUACAUGUGCCGCUUAAACCGCACAAAUGUGAGUUUUGCGGUAAAGCUUUUAAGCGACCGCAGGAUUUGAAGAAGCAUGUGAAGACACAUGCGGACGACUCUGUCCUGCUCCGCAGUCCGGAGCCGGAUGGUACGGGCAGACGCGCAUCGGGCGUUCAUCAGGCUCGCGGAGAUAAUGUACACUCUCCGUACACAACUAGUGCCGGUAUGCAACCCCUCGCAGCUACAGCCGCGCAGGCGUAUUAUGGAAGCCUUGGGGCGUAUUAUCCGGCUCCGAACGGCGCACCGAAUCCAGGAGUUUAUUAUUACCCCACCCCCCAACCCGCGCCUCAACAGGACGGAAUGAACCAGCAGCAGCAACCUGGUGGCGAGAGCAAAAAGCGAGCAUUUGAUGGCGUAGAUCAAUUCUUCGAGGACGCCAAAAGGCACAAAAUCCAGCCGGUUUAUGAUGGCAACAUGGCACAGCGCCUAUCUGCUUUACAACAAUUCGUGCCUACCACCUCUGGAGAGACUGUUGACUUUAACGGACACCAUGCUGCAACCGUUACUGCCCCCGCUGCUGGCCAAAGCCAAUACACGCUCCCAUCUCUGCGUACCAAGCAGGACCUCAUUGAUGCUGACCAUUUCCUGACCCAGCUCUCAGCCAAUGUAUAUGAAAGCCCUGCCGCUGCAGCGGCCGCCGGCGUCCCCACUGGAAGUCAUUUCACUCAGCCUUACCGCAAUAACCAGCCGACUUCCCCGCAUGGUACUCAGACACAGCAGCAUAGUCCUAACCACACACCUGGUCACGAUAACGCACCUGCCGCAGCGGCGAUUAUGCAAGCCUCAAACUCAACUAGCUCGGGCGGUACCUCCGCUCUGACGCCUCCAACAUCAAACUACACUACUUCUCACUCGCCUAACCAGCAUACAACACCUCCGUCUUCAUCGCCACAAUCUGCAACAUCUAUGUACCCCAGUCUCCCGGCUAUCCCCACUAGUGGCGAGGCAUACCCCGCACCUGUCUCAACAGCUCCAGCAUCAUCCCUUGGUCCUACUUUCGAAUCAGAGCAAAGGCGUAGAAUCAGCGUCGGUGUUUUGCAAAGAGCAAAACCAGUUCAAGCGGACCAGGAUGUGGAUAUGGAUAGAGAUGACAAUGCGGACAAGAAGAGCGAAGUAUCUGAUAGCCUAAUUGACCCAGAACUCGGUGCCUUGUCGGCGGAGGUUUCUGCUCCAACAGCCCCCGAAGACCCUGCAAAGGAAUGGGAAAAGAACAUCGAAUUACUCUCAAACCUUAGGGAUUAUGUUAAGAACCUGCUGCAAGAGGAAGAAAAGAAGGAACUCACGGAGCAGGAUCAGGUGAUGACCGACCAAGAUGGUGGUGUCAACGCAGAACCUGGUCAGGAAGGUGUCGACAACGGAGGAGCCGAAAAAACCGAGGAGCAAACUGAUGAGCAGGCUCUCUACCCAGUGCUCAGAGCAGUAGCUGUUGCCUAG